GCCCUUAAGAAAACAAGAACGGAUUGAAGCAUUAUAGGAAAACAAAUUAUGUGAUCUUCAGAUUCAGGAAUGAGUAGAAAUGCAGCCAUCUGAACUGGUCAUGAACCCCAAACAAGUCUUCCUCUCUGUGCUGAUAUUUGGAGUAGCUGGGCUUCUCCUCUUCAUGUAUUUGCAAGUCUGGAUGGAAGAACAACAUACAGAUAAGUCAGCAUCCCAACUUUCAUAACCAUGAAAAUGUCAUCUUGUA